AUGACCCGACAGAUGCAUGUCUCACUGUUUCUCCUGCUGCUGUUGUUUCUAUUUGUACAGUUGUGCAGCACGAGUGGAAUCCUCGCUGCGCCGUCGGCUGGAGUUGUGCGGGAGGUGCCCCUUAAGGGACAGGGCGCAUCGCAGGCGUACACCGUCGCCACGGAGAACCGAAAGUUUAUCCGCAUUCGUGCCUUCUAUGAGGACUUGACCAAUGAUAAGUACUGCACUGCGGUCGGAGAAUUGAUCAAAGACUUUGAGGGCAAUGAUGUUGAGUGCUACGCUAAUGAUGUUUUUACCGAGGAAGACAUAUCCAAAUAUAUCGACACAAUUAUUCCUGCUGCCAUUAAACUACACGAGGAUCGUCUGCUCGUUGAUCCUGUGGAUGGUCCGUUGAUUGUUCCUGAGUUUGAAGAGAACAAUGUUUGCAAUAACAUUACUGUUCCUGAGGACCACCAUUCUAAGGGUGUCAAUGAUGCUGACAUGGUACUCUAUGUGUCUGCCAGACCUGUGUAUGACAUUUAUGUCAUCUGCGCUAGAAAUGAUGAUGGCCGACCGAUUGCCGGAGCGAUAAACAUCCUCCCAUUUGCAAAAAAGUCUCAACGGUAUAAUGUUCGUAUUAUGGCACACGAGAUUGCGCAUGUACUUGGAUUUGACUAUAAUGUGUUUAAGAACUAUAGUAUGGUGGAUGAGAUCAACUUUGACGAUGGAAGAAAGCGCAUGCUGGUGAAAUCAAGCAAAACGAAGGAGAAGGUACAGGAACACUAUGGUUGUAACACAGCUCAGGGCAUGGAAUUGGAGUAUGAAAAAUAUGGAAAUGGGAAAACAGUUUCAUCACACUGGAACUAUCGUGUCGCAAAGGAUGAUCUAAUGAGCUCUCAGUUUACCGUUAGCGGUAUGUACUAUAGCGCUCUGACGAUGUCUGUGUUUGAUGAUCUACCAUAUUAUUCUGCCAAUUGGGGAAUGGAAGAGCCGAUGGCAUGGGGCAAUAAAUCCAAUUGUGAUUUGCUUGAUAAUAAUUUUGAAAAUGCAUUCGUUGGAAAAUAUCCCACCAUGUUUUGUAGUAUUGGAAAACCGUACUCAUGCACAACUGAUCGCAGUGCAGUUGGCUACUGCAUUCCCGAAUCGAGAUACACUGACUCCGAUGGCAAUGAGAUCAAUGCUGCUUUUGUGAGAAGUGAGUUGUAUAAUUCAGCUAAUACUGGAAGUAUGUCGUGCUCUGAUAAAGUAACAUCCGAUAUUCCAGGAUCGAUCUUUGACAAUGAUUCAUUCUGUUUGGAUACAGAAGAAUACACAAGAGUUGUUGGACAAGAUACAUUGUCUUUCACUGGUGUGUGUGCACGGGUGUCAUGUGAUGGGGGUAAAGUGAAAGUGAUGUACGCUGGCGAUAACAAAUGGUACGACUGUCCCGAGGGAAACUUACUGGUGCCAACAUCGACAUCUUCAUUCGUAAGCGGGAAAAUCAUGUGUCCCAAGUACAACGAGGUCUGCACCGUCGCCCCUGACGGCAGCAGUCGCCGCCCGAUGAUUUACCCGCCAGGGUAUGAACAUCCCACUGAGUCUCCUGGCCAAGGUGGGGAUGGGUGUGUUGCACCUGCUCUCCUUGCUCCAGUGGUACUUUUUGUGAUGACCCUCGCUCUCUCACUUCUCUUCUGA